CAUCAGUACUGAAGACGAGGACCUCCAAUAAACUCUAAUAGUUGGCUUAUCCAAGGCAAGUGCUGAUUGCCCGCAAUCGCCUUCUCUUCCAUCUCCGCGUGUUUAUCCUUCUCAUUCCAUUCCCCUCCACUUCCACAGAGUUGAGAGAGAGAGCUUAGACAAUGGCGUUUUCACUCAUGGCGGCAUCCUCCCUUAGUAUGCAUUUUGGAAGAAAGACUCCAAUUCGAUGUUCUUCCUCUUCUUCCUCAGCUGUUUCUUCUCAGGCCAAAUCGCUUCAGUUUGACCUCAAAACGUACUGGAAACAGCUGAUUCUCGAGAUCAACCAGAAGCUGGAUGAAGCUGUUCCAAUUCAGUACCCCGACCAGAUCUACGAGGCUAUGCGUUACUCCGUCUUGGCCCAAGGGGCCAAACGAGCUCCUCCGGUUAUGUGCGUCGCCGCCUGCGAGCUCUUCGGUGUCGAUCGCCUCGCCGCUUUCCCCACCGCCUGUGCCCUCGAAAUGGUUCAUGAAGCUUCAUUGAUCCAUGAUGACCUUCCUUGCAUGGAUGAUGACCCCUCACGGCGUGGCCAACCUUCAAACCAUACAGUUUAUGGUGUUGACAUGGCCAUCCUUGCAGGUGAUGCACUUUUCCCUCUUGGCUUCCAACAUAUUGUCUCACACACACCCUUUGAUCUUGUUCCUGAGUCCCGCCUUCUCCGUGUGGUCGCUGAGAUUGCCCGGGCUGUUGGUUCCAGAGGCAUGGCAGCAGGACAGUUUCUUGACCUUGAGGGAGGCCCCAACUCCGUUGAAUUCGUCCAAGAAAAGAAAUUUGGUGAAAUGGCCCAGUGUUCUGCAGUAUGCGGAGGACUUCUAGCUGGAGCAGAAGACCAUGAGAUACAGAGAUUAAGAAGGUACGGAAGAUCGGUCGGCGUGUUGUAUCAAGUAGUUGAUGAUAUUUUGGAAGAACAAUCGAAAAAACCCGAUGAAACAGAUGAGAGUAAGAGGAGAAAAGGGAAGAGCUAUGUUGGAGUAUAUGGGAUUGAGAAAGCUAAAGAAGUGGCAGAGGAGCUGAGGACCAAAGCUAAGAAGGAAUUGGAAGGUUUUGAGAAAUAUGGAGACCAAGUGAUGCCUUUGUACAGCUUUGUGGACUAUGCUGCCGAUAGGAGCUUCAGUUUUGAAACUUCAAGUUGAUGAGAGGAGGGUGGAAUCACCUUGAUAAGGAAAUAGGAGAGUUUAGAAGUCUCUUAAUAUAAACUAGAUGGUCUUAAUUUUACUAGUUGACCAUUUUCUUUGGAAAAUAUGAGGGCAACAGGAACAGGAUAGAACCAUGUUGAUUAAAUCACACAGCCUUAACCCAAGAGGUGGAGAAAAGUUCUCAAUAGAUCGUGAAAAGUUUUUAUCAAUAUGUCGAUAUUUCUAUUGGAAUUUUUCAUAACUUGAAAGUAAAAUAUACAUAGUUUCUGAAACGUUGGGAAAAG